GCGUGAAGGGGCGCGGCUGCGCAGCGCCGGCGGGUUGUCCCAGCGCCCCCCUUUCCAGUCUGUGCGGUCCGGCGGGGACCUUGGGAGCCGAGGAGGACCCGCCGCAGUGGCUGCGGGAGGCCCCUGGUCUGCAUCUGCGGUUGCCAGGUAGGCGGGUGUGAGAGGCCCGAUCCUCCUGAUUCUCGAGAGGCCAUCCCGUCGCCAGCGGCACAAUGCUGUCCCCUCAGAGGGCUUUACUUUGCAACCUCAACCACAUCCACCUCCAGCAUGUCUCUCUGGGUCUGCACCUGUCCCGCCGUCCUGAGCUACGGGAGGGGCCCUUGAGCACGUCCCCUCCGCCAGGGGACACCGGGGGCAAGGAGAGCCGGGGUCCCUGCAGCGGGGCCCUGGUGGACGCUAAUUCCAACAGCCCGGCCGUGCCCUGCCGCUGCUGCCAGGGGCACGGGCCAGGCUUGGAAAACCGGCAGGACCCGGCACAAGAGGAAGAGGGGGCCGCCUCCCCCUCGGACCCGGGCUGCUCCUCGUCGCUCAGCUCCUGCUCAGAUCUUAGCCCUGACGAAUCCCCCAUCUCCGUGUACUCGCGGGGCCUCCCCGGCGACGAGCAUGUCCGCUCCCAGCCCAGCAUCACCCCCCUGGAGCAGGGCUCCCCACUGGCUUCCGCAGGCCCUGGCGCCUGCUCCCCGGACAGCUUCUGCUGCUCGCCUGAUUCCUGCUCCGGAGCGUCCUCCCCGCCGGGCCCUGGCCUGGACUCCAACUGCAACGCCCUGACCUCCUGCCUGGAGCCCCCUUCCCCGGGGCUGGAGGAAGAGGACGAGGGUGGGGAGCAGGACCUCCCUGCCUCCGAGCUCCCAGAGGCGGAUGAUGAUGGGAAAAUCGACGCUGGGAAGACCGAGCCCAGCUGGAAAAUCAACCCCAUUUGGAAAAUUGAUACAAAGCAGGCGGAAGCCGGCUGGAAAAUCGCGGAGAACAAUAACUCUAGCUGCAAAAUCAGUGGGGAUAGUAACUCCAGCUGGAAAACAGAACCCGGAAAACUCGACUCCAGGCGGAAGACCGCCACGGGGGUAGCCGACCCCGGCUCGAGAGCCGGUGAGGGGAGAGCCGAGGCGGGGUGCAGACGUGACGUCAGCGAGGAGCCGGCUGCCCGCCGGACCGUCACGUCCUUCCACGAGCUGGCCCAGAAGCGCAAGAGGGGCCCGGGGCUGCCCCUCGCGCCGCAGGUCAAAAAGGACCGCAGCGACUGGCUCAUAGUCUUCUCGCCCGACAGCGAGCUGCCCCCCUGCGGCUCUUUGGGCGGCUCCCCGGCGCCGCCGCGGGAGGUCACCACCUUCAAGGAGCUGAGGUCCCGGAGCCGCGCCCCGCCUCCGCCGCUGCCGCCCCGCGACCCCCCGGCCGGCUGGGCUCUGGUGCCGUCCCGGCCCCCCGAUGCCACCAUCCCGUCACCUCCAGGCACAACCCCUCUUCUCCACCCCCAUCUCACUCACAAGCCACAGACUAGAAUUUCCAACAGCCACACGCCACAGGCCGGCCGCGCCGCCCAAACCACACGGAGAGCGCGGCGUGGCCGCUCCUCGCUCGUGCCGCCUGCCCUUGCGCCAGGCCGGGGCCCAGCGUAUCCGUCAGUCACCGAGUCCUAA